AUGUCCGGAUUACCCGAGAAGGUUAAAGGAAGACCAAGCCUCAAUGGAGUUUAUGGUCCUGUUAUUAAGGCUGGAGUCCUAUGUAAGAGGGCAGUAAUUAAAGGAAAAACAUUCCAUGCACAGAACUACAAAAACCGGUUAUUUGAGCUGACAGAGAACUUCCUUGCUUACUAUGAGGGGGAUUUGCAGAAUAAAGGAAAACAGAAGGGUGUCAUUUCACUCGUGGUAAUGAAAGUUGUGAGAGAGGUAGAAGACAGAAAACUAGAGGACAAAGACAAUGUUUUUCAGAUUGUUUAUUCAGAGAAGAAUGACUUUAGCACAAUGUAUGUCCAGGCAAGCAGUAAUGAAGAGAGACAAGCCUGGUUAGAUGCCAUCCGUGCAGGUGCAUUGAAAGCAGGUGCCCAGUUCUUUAACAAAUACCACACAGGGGUUUGGACCAAGAAGAAGCCUUAUUACAACUGCUGCCAUCAGUCUGAUCGUAAUGCAGUCGGCUGUAAAGGUGAACAGUAUUCAUCAUCACCACCCGUGCCUCCAGUGCCUCCUCCACGGGAAACAGCAGCCAACAAAGAGUAUGUGGCCAUGUAUGAUUAUGACCCCACCGAUGAAUGGGGGUUAGAACUGGUGCAGGGAGAGAAAUAUAUCAUACUUGACGAUUCAGCAGACAAUUGGUGGCUUGCCAGGAAUGUUGAUGGAAAGCAAGGCUACAUUCCAUCAAACUACAUCAAAUUAAAUUGUGGGCUUGAAUUAUUUGAGUGGUACUACAAGGACUGCUCAAGAGAACUCUCCAAAACGCUGCUGUUGAAUGCAAAGAAAGAAGGCACUUUUCUUGUGAGAGACUCAGUUAGUAGCCCUGGAGAAUAUACCCUGUCAAUUUUCACAACAGAAAACGAAGGCAAUGUCAGACACUACCAGAUCAAACGCAACAACGCCGGUCAGUAUUACAUCUCUGCCAACUACCCACAGAACAGUAUUCAGGAGCUGGUGCAUUACCACAAGCACAACGCAGGAGGCAUUUACACAAGGUUGCGAGACCCACCACCCAGGGGAAACAAGCCAUCAACUGCUGGCUUUGGUCACAAGCGUGGCAGAAGAGGAUGUUUUGGAGUAGUGUAUGAGGGCACGUAUCUUAAUGGACACACGCUUACUCCAGUGGCCAUUAAAGAAAUGACAGUGAAACCUUCCUCGGAUGAAGUUUUACAAGAGUUCAAAACCAUGACGCAGCUCCGACACCCUAAUCUAGUCCAGCUUUAUGGGGUCAUCCUCAACCAAACACCUCAGAUGAUAAUCACAGAGUUAUUAAACCAUGGUGCUUUGAAUGGGUAUUUACAACGCCAUCGCCGAAGACUUUUCUACAAGCCAAACGACCUCUUGGACAUUGCAGUGCAGGCAAGUGUUGGCUGUGGCAUGGAAUAUCUGGACAAAAAGAAUAUUAUUCACAGAGAUUUGGCUGCUAGAAAUUGCCUGGUUGGAAAAGAUGGUGUUGUCAAAGUUGGAGAUUUUGGCCUAGCAAGAAUUGUGCUUGACGAUGACGAGUAUCAAAUGUCUGAGGGCACAAAAUUUCCUUUCAAGUGGGCCCCCCCAGAAGUUCUGUACCAUCGAAAAUUCAGCAGCAAGUCAGAUGUUUGGGCAUUUGGUAUCCUGUUGUGGGAAAUCUACUCCUUUGGAGAAAUGCCUUACAGUGGCAUGAGAAACCCUGAGGUGCUGAAGUUUGUGGCUGAGGAGGGGAAGAGGUUGGAGAAGCCAAGGGCAGCUCCUGUUCCAGUGUAUGAGGUUAUGAAACAGUGCUGGGCUGCUCUUCCUCAAGAAAGACCCACCUUCAACAGGAUUCGAACAAGUCUGGAAAGACUCAAUGCCAGGGGUGACUACAUCAGCACUGAUGACCCAUAA